ACGCUCAACUGCGCUGUCAGUGUGCGCUCGGAUCACAUCACAACCACACAGAACUUAACCCUCAACCAGACGAGUCCAGAUAAACCCUGACUGGAGUCAGACACACACUGAAACACACCCGUGUGUUAAAGAAAACGCGUUUAUCAGUGUUUGGAUGAAUCGCAGUGUUGUUUGAUAAUCUCGAGUCCAGCGCGCGGAGCAGGAAUGUCCCGGAGGAAACAGAGCAACCCGAAGCAAUUCAAACGAGUGUCUGAAAAUGGUCUUGAGGUGGACUCUGAGGAGACAGGGUGUGAGAAGAGAGAUUUAUUGAAAGAUGAAAACAGAUCUGUUGAGGAAGAACCUCUGUUCUUCUCUGAGCCUGAGAACAUCAUCUCUACAGAUGGAGAGCACGUGAAGGAUGGUGAAAUGGGCAGAAGUUUAAAGGUGGAACAACAAGACAGUGAUGGACAGGAAGAGAGAGCUCAGCCCAGCCCACCGACAGACCAAUGGAACGGCCCAAGGGAGCUAAAAAUGGCAGAUGAAACAGGAGAGAGGAGGAUUCAAUCUUGUCAUGCGCUUCCUCUGGGUACCACAUGGGGUCCUUUCCCUGGGAAGAUUGAGAUGGCCACAGGAGGAAGUGACAAGGUUUCGCUGGUACUGAGCGGAGGUCCCCGCUGGCUGAUGGAUAUGAUGUGGGUCAGUGCAGAGGAUGGCAAGAGCAACUGUGCAGUUUACAUCAAAGGAGGACAUGUUUGGUGCUCCACAACAAAAAACAUGAUGGAGGGAGAAGAACUUGCAGCCUGUGUGGUGGAUUUGCAGUCUCAUCUACAAAUGGUAGCCCAAACUCCCUACGGUCAGGGGAUGUUUCUGGCCCGACAGCUGGACUCCAUCCAACUCCUUCCUCAGCAAGCAGCCAUGGCGUCCAUUCUGCCCGGCGCUAUCAUCAACAAAGACAUCUUCCCCUGCAAGACAUGUGGCAUCUGGUUUCGGAGUGAAAGGAACCUUCAGGCCCACCUUAUGUACUACUGCAGUGGGCGGCAAAGGGACCCUGAGAUGGCAGCUGAAACAAAUGCCAAUAUCAGCCAUCAAAUGCUUCGAAGUUGCACAUACCCUCAAUGCAAUAUGAGCUUUGCAGGCUCACAUGCCCUGGAAAUGCACUUAUCCACACAUAACAGUCUAAAGUCAGAAGAGACAUCCACUGAAAGCAACUUAAAAUGCACAAUUUGUGACUACACUGCUGAAACACUUAUGGUACUGCAGCACCACAUCCUCUCCCACCUGUCACAAACUGGCCUGAGAUGCAGUCACUGCCACUUUACUUUCCAAACCCCCAGAGAACUGGCCAAACACCAGGAACUACAUGGACAUGACAUUAUAGGCAUCAAACCCAUCAAAGAAGACAAAGCUAAUAACACUCAUAGCACUGCAGGCAGCCCUCAACAAGUUCAAGCUAAUUCAAGCAUAAAAGACCUUCAGGAAAGCACGGUACAACGUAACAUUGGUCAGAUCUCAGAGGCGGAAAGCACCGAAAGUGGGCAGUUAUCCACUAAGGGUGAUGGCAACACUGGAAACAAGGCUAGUGUUUCAUAUUCCAGAGUAAAGUCAGAACCCUCUAGCCCCCGUUUGGCUUCCUCACCCAUUCAGCACCACCUGCCUGCUGCCUUUCCUAUAGCCCCCUUCAUGCCACAUGUCCCAUUCUCACAGGAUAUUACCGUGGGGCCACAGGCAUCCGAGAUACUAGCCAAAAUGUCAGAGUUGGUCCAUCGCAGAUUACGUCAUGGAGGAAAUGGAGGGAACUCUUACCCUCCAGUUAUGUACAGCACACUUGUGCCGAAAGGCGCAACAUGCUUUGAAUGCAGUAUCACUUUCAAUAACAUUGAUAAUUAUUUGGUGCACAAGAAGCAUUACUGCAACAGUCGCUGGGAGCACACACCCAAGCCAAAUGACUUCCCUGGACUUAUGGAUAAACCAGCAGGCACUGUCAGUCCUAAAGUUGCAGCCAGUUUGGCUGUUAUGCUGAAUGCUGGCCAAGUUAAAGGUCAUGAAUCUACCCCUUGCAAUCCAAAUGCAGGUGGAAAAGUCUUGGAUGAACUCUCUGUGCAUGUUAAAAAAGCAUCAACUCCCUCUGGUGCACAAGAGAGGCCAAAUGGCACACAGUUGGAUUUACAAAGCCCCAAAAUGCCACCCACUGAAACUGAUAUAGACCCCAGCCAGACAACAUGUGAGGCAUGCAAGAUCACCUUUAGCCGUCACGAGACCUUCAUGGUGCAUAAGCAAUAUUACUGUGCCACCCGCCACGAUCCUCACGUGAAACGUGCAAACAACAAUAAAGGACAAGCCAAUCAGAAAGCAGUGCGCCCACGGAAAAGAAGAAAGGCAUAUGAGCUGGCUGCUUCUGAACAAGAACAAAUGCCACAUAUGGGUAUGCCAUCAUUUCUUGGUAUUCCCACUAUAGGUGGUUCAUACAUGUCGAAGGAUGUAAUGGAGAGCUUCCGGGACCAUCAGAGAUACAACAUGAUCCAAGGCUUGGUACCCAAAUAUCCAGAGGCUUCAUUGACGGUUUCAAAAUCAGCUCUUGCGUCAAAAUGUAAUACAAUAUCCAAGGAGGAAGGUGAUGCACCUAUAGAUCUCAGUAAGAAAUGCAUGCCACAGUUUGGAAACACUCCACUUUCCCCUAAAGGACUUAUGGAUUAUCACGAGUGUGCCGUGUGCAAGAUAAGCUUCAACAAAGUUGAGGACUAUCUUAAGCACAAACAGAACUUCUGCCCUGGCACUGUUUUUCAAGAUACAUCUACCGAGAACAAUGGACAUCUAAGCAUCAAAAAGGAAGGCCCAAAAAAUACUGGCAAAUUCUUAGAGAAUGCCCUCUUCAAGUCCCCAGCUCAGCAUGCAAAAAUUGAGCAUCCAAAUGCAGUGACAACAUCUGAUAUCCAAGCUUCGAGUGAAGACCACUUGAUCCCAGUAAAAGAGGAACCGAUGAGCAUCUUUCAGUCCUCUGGGUGUUACCCAAGUUCUGCUAAGAAAAUGAGACCCGAUGAGCAAAUCUGGCCUUACUAUGAAAUCAAACCUACCGAUUAUGCUACCGGGAUGCUUGUCAUGCAAAGUGAAUGGAGGCAGAGUCCAAACGAGGGCAGUGAGGGUGAGAAAGACCAGCCGAUGCCGGAUGGUAGCCAUCUAAGCACAGAGGACCCUGAGAACCAGGGCAAGACUUUACCCUUAAACGACAGAAUUGAUCUUGAGGACAAGACAGAGGAUGCGGGAAAUAAACAAGAUGGCUCCACUACACAAGAUAUUCACACAGACAGCGCCAUCAACUGCAAAGAGAACAUAGCUCUGUUGCCAUCUCUAAAGACUGAGGAGGUCUCAACCAGCUUCAAAAGAGUAUUGAAUGGGUCCAUUGCCACCACUAGCAAUGUAAAGUAUUGCCGGCCCUGUGACAUCCAAUUCAACAACCUGUCAAACUUUAUAACACAUAAGAAGUUUUACUGCUCAUCUCACACAACAGAACAUGUAAAAUAGUACCAUUGCCCCUUGUCAUAUAUGCCGAUCCACACUAUUAGAAAAAUUAGUGCUGUUAACCAAGAGAGGAUAUUUCUAAGGUCAGAAACUUACUUUACGCAAGUACAUGAACGCAGAUGCGAAUGCUUGGUCAACGCAUUGCCAAUGCGGGGUCCAGUUGAACAUACAUAAGUUGCAUUUUUACGGAGCCUCUAAAGGGCCAAGGUGGUGGGGGAAAAUUUGUGGCGUGGGGAAAAAAUAAGCAAAUGCUUUUGCAGGCUCUGCAGGCUAUUGCGAUAAUGAGAGAUAAUUCGAGAUGACAGGGGCCUACUUUUUGUGGAAAACUGUAUCUUGUAAACAUGAAAAGAGUGAGAAGAUACAGUGCCUCCUUUCUGUAUUGUAUCAUACAUAAAACUGAUAUACAGUUGUGCUCAAACAUUUGCAUAUCCUGGCAGAAAUUGUGAAAUUUUGGCAUUGAUUUUGAAAAUAUGACUGGUCUUUUAUUUAAGGAUAGUGAUCAUAUGAAGCCACUUAUUAUCACAUAGUUGUUUGGCUCCUUUUUAAAUCAUAAUGAUAACAGAAAUCACCCAAAUGGCCCUGAUCAAAAGUUUACAUACCUUUGAAUGUUUGGCCUUGUUAGAGACACACAAGGUGACACACAGGUUUAAAUGGCAAUUAAAGGUUAAUUUCCCACACCUGUGGCUUUUUAAAUUGCAAUUAGUCUCUGUGUAUAAAUAUUCAAUGAGCUUGUUAGCUCUCACAUGGAUGCACUGAGCAGGCUAGAUACUGAGCCAUGGGGAGCAGAAAAGAACUGUCAAAAGACCUGCGUAAUAAGGUAAUGGAACUUUAUAA